AACAUUUCCAAUCUCAUUUGCAAUCCUCUCCGUCGCAUAGCUCUUAUUCUAAAGGUAUCGAAAGUUGUGAAGAGAUGUCAGGAAGAGGAAAGGGAGGAAAGGGAUUGGGAAAGGGAGGAGCCAAGAGGCACAGGAAGGUGCUGAGAGACAACAUCCAAGGUAUCACCAAGCCUGCCAUCCGUCGUCUUGCUCGUCGAGGUGGCGUCAAGCGUAUUAGCGGUCUGAUCUACGAGGAGACAAGAGGAGUCCUCAAGAUCUUCCUCGAGAAUGUCAUCCGCGAUGCCGUCACCUACACCGAGCACGCUAGGAGGAAGACCGUCACAGCCAUGGAUGUUGUCUAUGCUUUGAAGAGGCAAGGUCGCACUCUCUACGGUUUCGGCGGUUAAAUUAAAUCGACGGAUUUGGGAAUUAGGGUUUAGAAAUUUGGAUUAAUUUCGCUGGCGUUGUGAGUUUGAUUAGUAAAAGUAAAUCUAGGAGUUUGUUUUUGUUGUUGUUCUGUCUCUCGUCCUUAAAUCAAUGUGGUCUUAUUGUAGCUGAGAAAAAUCUUAAAAGGAAGUUGGAUUGAAUUAAUAUGAUUUCUCUGUAA